CAAGAAAGCAAGCCAGGAAUCAAGCCCCAAAGUCUACACUAAGAAGCAUAAAGACAAGAAGAUGAGAAAAGAAUCCACCAAAUAGAACUCAACCAUCACAACCAAUAUCAGCUUCACAAUGCUUUCUACGAUGGAUGCUACCCUGGAAUAUUAUAAUAACCAUAGUUAUACUUACCCUUGGUUGCCAAAUGAUGGUAUCGAUCAUGAUAAGAUUUCAGAAGAUAUUUCAUCUCAUAAUAUCUCUUAUUACGGAAAUUUUUACACUAACACACAAAUAGCUGUUGAUAUCUUCACAUCUGUUAUCUGCUUUAUUGGAAUGGUGGGGAAUGGAAUUGUCGUCUGGCUUCUUGGCUUCUGCAUUAAGAAGAAUCAUUUCACUAUCUACAUCCUGAACUUGGCCGUCGCUGAUUUCGGGCUCCUCUUUUCACUUAUAUUUGUGAUUGUUAGUGAGUGGCUUAUAGUUCUUCAUGAUUUUACGACUGUUUUCUCCUUAGUGUCCUUAUUCCCAUUCCUAUCAAUGCACAGCGCAAGUCAAUUUCUACUGACUGUUAUCAGCAUUGAAAGGUGUGUGGCUGCCUUCUUCCCACUUUGGCAUCAGUGCCACCAGCAACCACAUUUGUCCACCAUUAUAUGUGUGCUAGUAUGGGCCCUCUCCUUCCUGCUUUCUGCAACUACCUGUAGUAUGAUAGAAAUUAAUCCAAAUGAAAGUAUGGUUGACCUCUUUUACCAGUUUAUUGUGAAUGCUGUGCUUUGCCUUCCGCUUGUGAUGAUUUCCACUGUGGCCCUGUUUGUUAAAGUCUGUUUUAAAGUACAACACCAUCAGAAGGGAAAGCUUUUGACCAUCAUUUUGCUCACUCUUCUCUUCUUCCUCCUCUUGGUUUUUCCACUGAAUAUCAUAUAUAUCCUCUAUAUUUAUAAUUAUGUACCUUCAUAUGUUCCAGCGUUUGCAACGGUAUUAUCCUGUAUCAAUAGCAGUGUGAACCCUGUCAUUUAUUUCCUUGUGGGGAGACAAUGGAAAACAAGACAUAGGGAGACUAUGAAGAUGAUCUUCCAGAGGGUUUUCAAGGAGGAAGAAUGCUGCACUGAGGAGCUGGAAACCCAAGUGGAACUUGAAACCCAGACAUGAGAACAUUCUAAGAGCUGAAAGCUUCAUCCUUUCUCGUAUGCAGAUCCCAUAAUUGUGCUUACAGACAAACUAGAUGAGAUGCCUGACACAUGGUGGACACGUGUUGGUUUCCUUCAAGUUUCUAUGGGAAGUGAAGUGAGAAAGAACUUCUGCCAGGGAGAAGAGGAAGAGAAUCCCUCUUCUCCCUGGCAGAGGUUCUAUGUUUAGGCGUCUCGUCUAGUCUGCUUGGAUCUUUCUUGCAGCUGCUGGUGCAUUUGGCUCCCUCUGGCUGCCGAGUGCAUUUAGGGGAGCAAGAGGAGUGUGCUCCUUCUUCCCACUUCCAGUGCACUCGGCUCCCUUUCACUGCUGCCAGCUUGCUCAGCUCCCUCUGACUCAAUACCUGUGUGCCUGACUCCCUCUCACCAGCACACUUGCCAUCAUGCUCUUCUUGCUCCCCUAAGUGCACUCAGCAGCCAGAGGGAGCUAAGCGCACCAGUGGCGGCAAGAGGGAGCUGAGAGCACUGGGGGCAGUCAGAGGGAGAUGAGCGCACUGGCAGCAUUUGGCAUCUAGAGGGAGCUGAGCACCCCAGUGGCAGUGACAGGGAGAUGAGUAGACUAGACAAGGUCCCUAAAGAAAUAACCUCUGCCAGGGAGAAGAGGAAUUCUCUCCCUCUUCUCCCUGGCAGAGUUUCUUUCUCACUACAUUUCCCAUAGAAACUUGCGGGAAACCGA